UGUGUUGUUCGGUGCGGUCGAUCGAAUGGUGGAAGAAGAGUAAGGUGCAAAAGCAACACCAAUCGAGAACAAAAGUGUAGGAAAAUCUGAUUGUGAAUCAUCUGCAGCGAUAAUAUAACUGGUAAAAUAAUAGUGAAAUAAUAGUGAGUAAGUGAUAUUGCUGUGAAAUUGAGUAGAAUAAUAAAAACAAAACCUGACGUAGUUAAAUGAAUCCUGUCACGUUGGAAAAGUGGAUAAACAAAACAUACUAGCGGAUAAAUGAGCAGAAACAUGAAAAGACAACUGGAGAAGUUUAAGGAGGAGCUCAAAUCUAAUUUGACAAGAUCUAGCAAAGCGGAGAAAAAUGCCGACGGCUUACAGGAAGUGGAACGAGAGGUCGAUCGAUACAAGGACAUUCUGCAGAAUUUAAAUAAGCGGAUAGCGAGCACGGUGUCGGCUGGCCAGCCGCAGGAUGUCGCGACCAAGGAGAAACGGGUACGCAAGGUGGCUGAAUUUCAGCUCGGUCAGCUGAUGGAGGAAUCAGCCAAAGAUUUACCUCUAGGAUUGCUGCGGGAUGUGUUGGACAAAUGCGCCCGACUGGAAAAGACAGUCGCUUCUGAGAUCAUUAACAACGAGAUGAACGUGGAGAAUUCGGUUAGUAAAAAUCUCAACGACAUCAUCGAGCGGCACCUAGCCACCAUCCAGAAGCAGAAGCGGAUCGUUGGAAAGUGUCAUCAGGAGUACGAGGCGACCAGGCAAAAGUAUGAUUCUGCUCAGCGGAAUAGUGAUCAGUUCGGUAAUCAAACCAAGCUAACCCAGCUGAAAGAUGACCUGGAGGAAUUGCACAACAAGCUCGAGAAGGAGCGGGAUCUGUACGAGUCGUACAUGUACGAACUACUGGCAGAGGAGGAGAAUAUCGCAAACUACGUCAAGGAAUACGUGAAACACCAGGAAUUGUACUAUACUUCGGCUCUGCGGGAGAUCCAAAGUACCAUCAACAGUAUGGAUGGAUUAUUUCGGCGGAACAAUAAACAAAUCUUUCACACACCCCUGCGAGAGCAUUUAAAAGCGACAGAUCGCAAAAUUGCCUACGUCAUCGAGCUGUGUGUAUGUUGUCUGCUAGAGAAAGGCCUCUACGAAGAAGGUCUGCUGAGGGUCGGCUGUGCAUCUUCCAAACUGCGACGGAUGAUUUCCGCCAUCAACGCGAACUACGUAACACCUCCGCUAGCGGAUAAGUACGCCGAUCCGCACGUGACGGCCGGUGUGCUCAAAAAAUACCUCCGCAGCCUGCCGGAUCCGCUGCUGACGUUCGAGUUCUAUCAGGAUUUUGUGAUAGCCGCUCAGAAGCCGAGCGAAACACAGCGAAAAGCUGCAAUUCUAAAUAUCAUAAACCAGCUUCCGAAGGAGAAUUAUGACAACCUGCGAUAUCUCACCAAGUUCCUGUCGUAUCUAUCGGAGAAAAACCAGGAGAACAAAAUGUCGCCACAGAAUAUUGCAAUUGUGAUGUCACCAAACUUGCUGUGGUCGCCCAACGAGAACGAAAACUAUAUCGAUCAGGUUAAUAGUACGGCAACUGUAAACACAAUCGUUGAGGCAUUGAUCACUGACUGGGGCUUCUUCUUUGAUGGCGAUGUGAAUUUCUAUGUUAGUAUGAGUAGAGAUACCUUGUUUCCCGACAAUGGUGGUUUCCCGGUUGACAAAGAUCACCCGGUAAGGGCACCUGCCAAUGAUUAUAUGUCUAAAUCAAUGAUCGCCACCAUGGGCAGUCAAGAUGAGAUACGGUAUUACAACAGUGGCGGAGGAGGAGGAGGAAACAGUGGGGGUGGAGGAUCGAGUUCAAGCAAUUCGCAGAAACCUUCGACGUCACAUUCCCGCAGCAGCAGUCAUGAUACUAGUCUAAUUCUAAUCAACAGCAAUGAUCAACUCAGCAAGCACCGGAGUCAGUCGAACAGUUCCCUCUCGGAUCAUUCCAGUCCGCCCCACGAGAACAGUCCGAAACCUACGGUCCGACGAAAGCACAAUAAGCAAGCGGCACCUACCCCACCUGAUAAUCAUCACAAGGGUACGACCACCGCGAGCAGUAAUCACAACACACGAGAGCACAAUACAGCCAAGGUACCAUCCAGCGCGGCUACUUAUUUCAAGCAAUUGAACAACAGCAGCAAUAACAAAAACAAUGGAAUGGGCCGCGCUCGCAAUGACGAGGGUUUUCAAUCGUUACAGCAUCACGCAUACAAACAAGCCCAACAGGACUACGUCAGCGAACGACAACCGAUAAUGACGCGGGCCGAAAGUCACGACGAUCUGCUGAAGCUCAAGUCACCCGCUGCUAGUGGCGUCCCCGGGGCGGAGAAAAUUCCUCCUCCCCGGCCGGCUGCAGUCAGUAUCGGUGAAACCCAAACGCUGAACCGCGCCAAAGGAAUGCACGACCUGCACCACCAAAACAGCAAAUUACCAAAUGCUCCCAAUUGUGAUAGUACUAGCAGUAUAGGUAAUAAGGAGAAUAAGGAUAGCCACAACAGGCAAGUGUGUCCACUUCCGGUCAAACCGGUGGCAUUACCGAGAACGACGUUGGUAGCAGCAAAGACACCGACACCAACUGGACCAGGUCCAAACGGACACGGUGCAGAAGACGACAAUGGGUUUAUGACGGUGGUUCGUGAAAAACCGGUCAUCCCGGAACGACCCGCUAUUCUGCUAAGACCUCAAAGCUUUAAGGGUUCCAUUCCGGAGAUAUCCAAAGUUAGUGAGGGCACCAAUACCCUGAUUAGUUCUACGAACUCGUUGAAAAAGGCACAAAGUUUUCGGGGCGAAACGAGCAGCGGUGCAGGCAAAGAGGCCGGUUCGACUGUACUGGAGCGAACACAAAUUUACAACAUCGACAAGCAACAGGUGGCCAUCAUCGAUGUUGCGGAAAAACACUCUUCUGGAGAGGAGAAAACUAAAAAAGACAAAACCGUGCCGAUCAGCUUGGCACCGGUAGCAACCGUUCCGGAAGGUAUCCCCCCUCUGGCGAUGAUGGAAUCAACGGGUUCCCUUGGAAGUGAUUUUCAAUCACCAACCAAUCCGGUUGGUCCCGCCGAAGCAAACAGCGAAGCGACGACAGUAGAUGCCGCAGGAAGCAGUUCCUCCGCAACGUCAUCAACAGCGGCUGCUUCUAGUACUACCACAACAACAACUACUACUACUAGUCUUCAGCACGUGCCCCAAUCACCACGUGGUUUCGAUCAGGCCAAAAUCAAGCGGCCGCAAGUUCCUGCACCGCCACCGCCGGUUGGGCGACCAAAAUCGUCCGACUCGACGGAUUUAUAACAGUGUGAGUUGCUGAUAUAAUAAUCGAUAAAAAAGGGAGUAUUUAUAUAGAAGAAGAAAAAAGAUAGGCAGGAAAAACUAGAUGCAGAACGAACAGCGGAGCGGAGAAGGUAGCCAAAAUUCUGUGCUUGUGAGCGUUUCCUGGAUUGCCAAUUUACAAUCAAGAGAGGUGUAUCACGCAGGAUUCUGCAGUGCAUUUUUUGUAACUUUCGUGCAUUUUAACUGCAAUUUUCUAAAUGGUCUUUCUUGAGUGACAGAAAUAUUUAUUCUUUUUGUUUCAAGCAUUUGUUGGGAGAAAGUGAUGGUAUAAUUCCGAACAGUUUGGUUGACUAUUUUACUGCAACUUCCGUUACUACAAUUAGUACUUUAUCAGUUAGUACCUUUAUUAGUACCUUUAUGUGCAGCAAUAGCUGCAAAUUGCAAACAAUUCUAUCAAUAAUAUUGGGACAUUAGUCUUCAAGAAAUGACAUCGUCAUCGUCGGCUGUAUAGAGUCGAGGUGGCUCGUGCUUUGUCAGCAGUUCUCUCAUUCAACUCGAUCGUGGGCCGCUUCCUGGAUCCCGUCGCCAACUUCCUGGACAUCUCUAAAGUCGCAAGUCGCUUUCGACCAGGUCGAAUCACUUUUUAAGUGGAGCCCCUCUGUUCCUAGUACCGGUAAGAAAUCGUUUUCGUCGCACUAUCGUCCGGCAUCCUUUUGACGUGUCCGGCAUCCUUAUGACGUGUCCUGCCCACGGUAGCCUACCGACUUACGUCAAAGGGUACGAUUGGAAUCUCUCCAAGUAGUGCGUGUAGUUCGUGAUUCUUACGCCUCUGUUACUCUCUGCUUUCAGUUGGUGCUCCGUCAAAUAUCGUCCACAGUACCAUCCGCUCGAACAUGGUAAAGGCGCGUAUGUUCUUCGUGAGCAGCGUCAUAGUUUUAAGUCCAAAUCCAGGAACUACCGCUCUAAUGAGCUGCCGUAAAUCGCAUAACAGCUCCAUUUAUAUAGGAAACUCCAUAGAAAAUUUGACUAUUAUGCGAUUCACGGCAGUGAGGGUUUUGCACAUUGUCAGCUUCGUACGGUGGUGUAUGUUUCUUGAUCGUAGCGUUAUGUGAAGGAGAAAGUAAGGCCGAUUUACAGCUUGAAUCUGCUUCUGUCGGGCACCAGGAUCCCAAAUACACAUACUUAUCUUUUACUUUUAGUUCGUCGCUAUUAACACCUACCGCCCGCGGGAGGCGCGCGUUUGUCUCCUUUGAGUCUCUUCCUUUCAGGUAGGGAAGAUUAUUAUAACUGGUUUCGAUCAACUGCAUCAUAUGCUGCCUUGAAACCAAUAAAGAUGUGACGCGUGAUCAUAUUGUACUCCCGACAUUUCUGCAAGACCUGUAGGAUGAUAAAACAUGAUCUCUCGUUUGACCUUCAAGUACUGGGGCACUCGUAAGUUCUAAGGCAUUCCUAAGUUAUCCUCCGUUUCGUUACCUUCUGCAACGUCGCCAAAACGUUGGUUACUCCUCAGGAUCGUGAUCAAUUGGUUCCUUGCUCGUCGGUAUUCGCCCAAGUUGUCCCUAGUGCGAAUGCCCAGGUAACUUUUGAGGCCCUUUUUUCUCUUCCCCACAUUUUGGCAUUCCUCAGCAACCCAAUUGUUUCGUAUAAUCCGGGGCUUUUCACCUAGCGGCCUCUCCAAUAGCCCAAUAUAUUCUACCCCAACCGUUCUCGAGAGUUGUAGCACCCAAGUCCUCGGAAAAGACAGUUCUUCAUCAAGUAUUCGUGCGUAGUUUUAGGCAGAUUGCGGGUUAUAAUGUCCGCUGUCUAAUGUUCGGCGGAGGAAAUUAUUGUCCCCCGAACAGUAUUAAGGAGUUUUAUAAGUGCUUUUAAUUUAUAGACAAUGUCAAACCAGUUUGGUUGACUUUUAUCAGGUGUGUUUCGUCGUAUUUCCUAUCGUAUUUUUAUCAUUCAAUUGUAUUCAAUUCGAUUCAAGAAUUUUUCAGGAAUACUUCAUCAUGCAUUUAUUUAAGUGUGCAUUUUGUUUAUCAUUACCAUAUUUUCUUGUUUCUAAUUAAAUGGCUUCAUUUAAAUUGGCCUUUCAUGUUCUUACAAAGAGAAACUUUGAAUUCCUAGCAGGAUCAUCUCGCUACUUCAAGUAUUUAUUCAAAGGUUACUGGCAGAAUCAAGAUAGAAAAUAAUUUUCUCUUUCACCGAAGCAGUAUUCAAGGUCCGCUCUGCUCCGAUAACAUAACCUUUAUCACGGAGCACAAUAUUUACCUACCAAACUAGUCGAUUCAAAAAAAUAAAAAUAAAUGUAAACAAAUAGCAUCCAGGAAAGGCCACGCAUCACAACAGAACUUGGCGUCAAUCCACCGCAAACCGUUCAUAACAUGCAUCACGCUUGAAACAAGUCAGAUAGUUUGUAACUAAAUUUUAUUUUUUUAGCGUACUUUGGGUAACCGCCGCGUUACUUGUAACUUUGCUUUUAUUCGGUCAGUACCGGGAGUGUUUCAACGGAGCUGCCGUAGAACCCGCAUACAUUCUAAAAGAGCUGUAUUUGGACAAAAUUUUUAUUAUGUUGCUUUAUAUUCAAUUAAGUAAAUAUGCAUACUGUUGCGAGAGUUUGGAACGAUUUCGACAGAAGCAAGAAGUCGUGUUGAGCUUGAAAAAGUGGAGAGCACAUCCUCUGAUAUGUUCCAACAACGAGGAAAGUGCUCCUUAAAACUGCUGAUAAGAGAGUGACAUUACAGACUAUUCAUCAUUCAUACGUGCUAUUAAAACGUUGGUCAGAAUUUAAAUUAGAGAAUCAGUGUUACCUUACCGUUGAGCUUUCCCUUCAAAAUACUUACAAACCUUUACAAAACUCUAUCACUGGACCACCGACUGGCUUUUUGAGAGAUGUUUAAAUCCAAAUAUCAUCCGCACAAAGUCGCGUUGCGAACUGAAAACUUAAAUUAGGUAAUCAAUGCUUAACUCUUAACACAAAUAUACUAUCGAAUAAAAUCUAUUGAUGAUUAUAUUAUUGCUUUCACGGUGCUAAACAAUACUUUAUCUAAAAUAAUUUCUCUCCCAGCGUCAGGUGGUUCAGCAAGAGAUUCACUUAACCUAUUACAUUUAAACUAUAGGUAUUCUAUUUUAUCACCAAUAUCACGAUACAUAUUCAGUCUGCUUUCGCCUCAAUCUAAAAUUUUUAAAACCAAGUGCUGUUAGUCCGCUAAAAUGAGUCUAGCCAAUAUCCCACGUGGGCUGUAUUUUCUGUAGAUAAUCCAAAACAUCAUUUUAAAUUUAAACACCCAUAGGUUACGGUAAUUAAACGAACCUAAUGACGAUCUCAUAUCAAAAGCGCAAUCAUUUUAAUACCAUCGUCUAUGCUGUAUUGGACUCGUGUCAGCUGGUGGUGGACACGUACGCACACGAACCUACGCUUCUGUAGGUAACAUACGUGCUGUAGGUAGCCUACGACGAGCAAGCACGAGAUGCAUUUGUUAUAAAUUUUUCAUCAUAAAUUUUAAUUACCACUAUCGUGGUAACGGGCAAGAAAAUUACCACAUUGUGCUGAAAGCAUCGCUUUGGCAAUCAGCGAGAAAGUUAAACGCCAUUGGCCAGUCGCUACACCAAAUUUGCAUCGUGUCUCAUAUGCAGUAGAUCAAAUGUUGUCCAGUUUUUUUGGCAUUCGGUCACAGCUAGUAAGCCCAAAUUCGAAUGUUAAACCAGACAGUAAGAAGAGAUGGAUUGAUCAACGUAAUAACGUAGACGAAAAAUAUGAGACACCCUGCACAUUGUACAUACCACACGAUAUCUAGUGGUUUCCAAUCCACAAUAAAUCCCCUUAGGUGCUCGCUUGUAUACAGAUUACCUUGCUAAAACUAACUGCUGUUGCUGCCAAAUUGGACGUCCGAGCAAAAUUUCAUCGGAAACCCCGCUGUAAUAUUUCGUCAACGUAAUUGGAUUACCGCAAGUAACAACCAGCAGCCAGAACGUCACGUCACGCAGUACACCCAUUUAGUGCUAGUUUGCGCCAUGAUUAAUUCUUCUCUGCUCCAUCCAGCGAUGAUGCCACUUGUGCAAUAUUUUACAUUUUUAAUCAUCACUUUGCAUAGAUAUUAAAGUGCAGUCCGUAGAGCGGGCAGGUGCGUUAAACGCGGCAAAAUAAUAAUUUAAAGCAAUUUUAAUUGCUUUUAACAUGUGCGGGAGUGUGCUAAAUUCAUAUGGUAUUUCGCUGUUUCGCAUAAUCGGAACAGUAUGUCGACUUUCUAUUGAAUAUGACCAUAAAGCGACGACUACCGUUCGUCAGCUGUGCAAAUAAUAAACAUUUUAUUUAUACAUUCACUUUAACGAAACCAAUCAGCGAAUGCAGAAUGCGAACCAUCAAUAGAAACAGGUGAAAACAAGUGCAACCAUCGCUACUGGAAAUAUCUGUAAUCAUUUUAUGUAUAGGUAAUUUCGUUUGAAAGUGCAUAAAUCAAAUUCCGAAGCAUGAAAAACAAAAAAACAAAGCUACCGGCAGUGAUGCGAACGAGAAUGCAGAAACAGUAUGUAACAUUUUAUAAUUACGGCAAUUAAACAUGUUGAUUUUUAUUAUGAUCCCAUAUUAAUCAAAAA